CGCGGUCAACCGACUGGAGGUCAUGGUCAUCAAGGUGCCACAGCCGCCGACCCAAUCAAUCACAGACAGCUGAGUCAUCAGCCAACAACUCCUGUCCACUCUUAUGUGCAUAUUGAUAUUAGCAGGCCAGACAGCUUCUCCACAAGUCACAAACUGAAGCUAAACACACAAGCUUUGAGAGUUUGAGUUGGCCAUGUUCAGUUCUCACCUCUACCAGCAGCAGCUCGUCAGUUGAGACCCAGAGGCGCGGCCAGAGCAAAAAGGAAAAACACUCCCAUCCGCCUGAAAAUACACAAACAAAAAGGCAGCACUUAGAUUCUUCUUUUGGAAUCAAGGCCCUGGACCUACCAAUUAUAGGUUCCUAGUAGUUUUGCUGUCAACAACCUAGGACCAUAGAUUUACUGAAGCUAGCACCUCAAAGACAUGAACUGAAUUAAUUACUUCAGUUCCGGCACUCUGGAAAACAGCACCAUGGACUGGAGAGAACAAGUGUUCAACAUCCACGAACAAAAACCCCCAAAGCAGCUGCUAACAAGUCCUCCAUUCGGUGGCAACACCAGCAGCAGCAGCAGCAGCCAAGCAUCAUGGAAGCAGAUCCCUCCGAACCCUUAUCAAGUUAGGCGAAAGAAGAUAAAGUUCAUCUGCAGCUUUGGCGGCGCGUUCUUACCAAGGCCAAGUGACGGGGAGCUCCGGUACGUUGGUGGCGAGAGGCAUCUGGUUCGGAUUGACCGGGACGUGUCGUGGCGCGAGCUGAUCUGCAAGACAACAAAGCUAAUCAGGCAGGAUCACACGAUCAAGUACCAUCUCCCAGGGGAGCAACUGAACAUGCUCAUUUCCAUCACCUCCGACGAUGACCUUCGCAACAUGGUUGAUGAGUGCAUUGUGCUGGAAGCAAGCAGAGAGAGACUUACCAUGUACCUUUUCUCCACGAACGAGGACGAGCACGGUGUGCACUUCCUUGUUAAGCGCUCAUCAUCCGAGGCGGAAAAGGAAGCGCAAUUCAUUGCUCUCGUCAAUGGACUCACUGCACCAAUUGUGGCAUCAAGAAUGCACAGCCUUGGCAGCACGUCAGCCAGUGAUCUAGAUCAGAUGAUACUUGGUGCCAAAGAGGAUAGAUUGCCGGCAAGCAUGGAAGAGGAAUAUUCAAAGCACAUCAAAGGCAAGCCCUCGCAAAGGAUGGUUGUAGAACCACCAAAAACAUUGAGUGGACCGCUGGUGAAGACAAUUCCAGCUCCAAAAUUCCUGACACGGAAGGCCAGAAAAGAUAACGCACAAAACAGGGAAGGCAACCUGAUGACCUCUGGCAGAAAUGUUCACUUUGGUCCAUCUGUGCCAUCUGAAUCCAUACAUGCAGCUACGAGAGGGACCGGUAGUGAUCAGGCUGUCUCAAGACAUCAGCCAGAACUGAAGCGAACUACUACAACCAUAACUGGAAAGGGCCAUCAAACUACAGGAUCUCUGGGAGAAGAGCUGCUGAUACCACUAGACAACAGCAAUGUGAACAUUUCAUCAUCUAAUUCUAGUCCAACACCCCAUACAAAUCGAUCUGUGUUUGACACACUUGAAUCGUCAUCAAGGGGCUCCCAGAAAACAGUGAAUCAAGAAACAAGCUCUGACAAUAACAAGAUGAGACCAGAAAGGAAUAGCACCCAGGAAGAAGGUAUAUCUCAUUCAGCAGCAGCAGCAGCAGAACCACCAAGGAAUAACAACUUCCUAUUGCAUAAUAAGACAGAGAUACCAGAACAUAGUCCUGGGUCUGCUUCUCCUAUGCACUGCCAUGAUGAUAUGGACAUCAGUUCAAACUUGCAUACUAUGGAGAAGUCAGUUGCAACCAACAGCAUGAAGCAGCAACAACCUGCAGUUCCUAAUACGUGUGGUAACACUCCAGAGAAAGAUCAUCCAUCCAAGCCUCCCAGCAAUAGCAGUGAAACAUCUUCAGACAAGACAACUGAGCUGAAACCAAAUACUCUAGUGCGUGCUUUAAGCGAGAGACAACAAGAACGACCCAAUGAACAAUCGUCAAAAAUGAUCAAGUCUCGGUCAGUCGGUGCUAAUAGUCCUCAGAUCAUAAUUCUGUCACAAGAAGCUAAAGACAACAUCGCACCGUUGAUCUCAAAGCAUGAAGAACAUGAAACCAAGAACAGUGAACAAGAUAGUUUGAAAAAUGCAGAGUUGGGCAGAGGUCUUACAAGUAAUGUCCAGAUAAUAAGCAAUGAGGACCUCGAAGAUCUCCGUGAGAUGGGAUCCGGUGCAUUCGGAAUGGUUUUCCAUGGAAAAUGGAAGGGGAGUGACGUUGCUAUUAAACGGAUAAAGAAUAGCUGCUUUAUGUUACCAUCAUCUCAAGCAGAUAAGCUGAUUACAGAAUUUUGGAGAGAAGCAGCCAUCAUCUCGAAACUUCACCACCCAAACAUUCUGGCAUUUUAUGGAGUUGUAAAUAACGGACCUGGGGCAACAUUAGCUACUGUAACAGAAUUCAUGGUCAAUGGAUCUCUCAAGAAAGUCCUCCUUCGCAAGGACAAGUAUCUUGAUUGGCGCAAACGGAUAAUGCUUGCAAUGGAUGCAGCCAUUGGGAUGGAGUACUUGCACUCCAAGGACAUUGUCCACUUUGAUUUGAAAUGUGAUAACUUGCUAGUGAAUGUUAAGGAUCCAUCUCGUCCCAUUUGCAAGGUUGCUGAUUUUGGCUUAUCGAAGAUGAAACAAGCCACCCUUGUUUCUGGUGGAAUGAGAGGAACACUUCCAUGGAUGGCCCCGGAGUUGCUGACAAUGAGUGGCACUAAAGUAUCUGAAAAGAUUGAUGUCUAUUCUUUUGGCAUUGUAAUGUGGGAAAUUCUCACGGGCGAGGAUCCAUAUGAUGGCAUGCACUAUGGAGGAGUGAUAGGGGGUAUUUUGAGCAACACACUACGACCACCAGUGCCAACUUCAUGUGACCCAGAAUGGAGGAAACUGAUGGAGCAAUGCUGGUCAACUGAACCUGAGAGAAGGCCUACCUUCACCGAAGUUGCAUCUCGUCUCCGUGCCAUCCUAGAAGCAAGCCAGAGAGAAUCUCCACGUUAAUAAUCUGCAUGGACAACACUCUGCAUCUGUACAUAUUACCUCCCAGAGCAAGACACAGUCAUGGACAUUUGUUCUAGAACUGGUACCAAGUCUCAGCAUGAAAAUGUAAACCCCAGUUUCCCCAAAGUUAACUAUGGGCAGUGUACAUUGAUUUGGCAUCCCCAUGUACUGAAUUUGAAAUGAUGCUGCGUUGUUACUUUUCGUUUUUCAUUUUUGAAAUUCUGCAAAGCAA